CUCCGGCCGACUGCUAUCCCUUUCGCUCUUUUCCGUCAAUCGCAGGCAUCGAUAGUGAAACACAUUUCGUGUCGCUUAGCGAAUAAAUUGCCACAAUGUCCGACGUUGAAGUUGAGGCCCCAGUUGCGCCCUCCGAUGGCACCAUGGAUGUCAACACCGCCCUCCAGGAGGUGCUGAAGAAGUCGCUGAUUGCCGAUGGACUGGUGCAUGGAAUUCACGAGGCGUGCAAGGCCCUGGACAAGCGUCAGGCAGUGCUGUGCAUUCUGGCCGAAAGCUGCGACGAGCCGCAGUACAAGAAGCUCAUUACUGCCCUGUGCAACGAGCAUCAGAUUCCGCUGAUCCGUGUCGAUUCGAACAAGAAGCUCGGCGAGUGGUCUGGCCUCUGCAAGAUUGACAAGGAAGGCAAACCCCGAAAGAUCUGCGGUGCUUCCUGUGUAGUGCUGAAGGACUUCGGAGAGGAAACCCCGGCCCUCGAUGUCAUCAAGGAGCAUCUCCGGCAGGCGAGUUAAACAAGUGAAAUUUUACAGAGCAUUAUGAUUUAUUGUGAAGUGGAAGAGAACACAUAAACCAGGGUGUCGCCGAACACUGUAAAUUCCACACGA